AUGGACCACUCCAACGUCGCUCUCCAUGUACCUGCCAACCUCGUGGGGCGCCUCGUGACAAAUAGAGUUGCAUGCCGCCAUCAUACCCAAGUACUGCAAGAAAGGCCUCAAGAUGCCCGAGCGUGUGCUAAAAGAAUUGAAUAUCGGCGCAAUUUGCUAAAUGCACUCCUUGCAGCGUGUGUGCAGACGGAAGGCUUUAAUCAGCGCGAUGCCGCUGUAAAGCUGGUCGAGAAGUUCAGCACUCUGGCGCAGACACUGGAUAGGUCCAGGGUUGUCGCAUUCACGUUUGGCGACAAAGAGGAUAAGGAGGUCGUAGCUUCGCCGAUCGAGGAGCAGGUUAUUGCGAGUGGGUGCUCGUCGCCUGGGCUGCCAUCUAGCCCAUUCGAAUUCUCUAUAUCAGAGCCUGUCCGAGAAGAUAUGUUACACCCUCUCGUCGUUGCGCUCCUUGCCUUCAGACUAGGCGGUCCCAUCAACGCAGCCUUUACUGGACACCAAAAUGAGUGGAGGCUCCCGACCGACGCCGCACGCGACAUACCAAGCUUCCAUUCUGAGGGCGAUGAAGGUGACUUUUUCGACAAUCUGCGAAUAACGGUAGUAUGGGAAAUGCGCAAUGACAAAGCAUCCGGUCCCUCGGGGAAACACAGCGUGUUUCUGACAGGCGAUGCCACGCCCCGACCGCUGGUAGUGCUGACAGCCCAAGAGCAGGCUGAAGUCAACUCACCAGUUACUAUCCUCUACGACUGCGGACAUGCGGCGUUGUACUACGAGUGCGAUGCUCCAGAUGUGAUACGCAAGAGCAGGAACUUGGAUGUCCAUCUGAAUACCAUCUCGGACGAAGACAUCCGCCUUCUGAACGGGGAAGCAAGUGGCAAGACUCAUGGGAAGCCAACACUAACAGAACUGGUGACCAACUUUCCCAUCGAAAGGUAUGCCAACCACUUCCAUGACCUCCUUUUCGACAGCGGCUCACUGGACGCCAUCCUUACCAAGCUCGACAUGUUCGACGUACCGCCAGCGCCUGCUCCUCUCAAAAAUGGGCAGCAUCUACAGGAAGAGCGAUUUGACACAUACAAGAAGGACAAUUUGGCUCAUCUGCCACUGGAUGUCAAGAGGAUGGAAAGCGACGUAUAUCUAGAGGGCAAUUAUUUCACAGCAGCCAGGUUCCUAGACAAGGUCGUUCUGAAAGCACGCCGCGACGUUCAUCUACCUCUUGGGGCCAGCCUUUUCCCACUGUCCCCUAUGGAAGGGAACAUGGAGUGGGCACGGAAGUUCAUCCGAGACUUACGCGAAGACCUGAUAUCAACCCGCGUAGCACACUACGCAACAGCUCUUGUAGAUCCUGCGUAUACAACUAGAGAUCUGAUUUCGACCGCGAAUUUGCGCAAUUGUGCGAAGAUGCUGGAGCAGCGCUACCUGGAACUCAUCGGCAUCGGUUUCAUACACGACGCAUGUCCACUUCCGUCGAUGGCUGCCUUGGCUUGUGCUUUCGGUAACGCCAUCGAUGGGCUCAAGGAGGUGCAGACUGUGGCGGAAACAUGGAUCGAAGAGAUGGAUCUGCAGGUCUAUCGAACGCGCUGUCUGUAUCUCUUUUGGUGCGCCGACUGGCUAGUAUGUUACUUGGUGAAGCUAGAACCAGGACCGUUCAUGAUCACUGAUGAGGACAUGGCUAUAGCAGGUGCUCGAGGUAUGGUAAAAGAGGUGCGUUGGAUAGCGACUAUGUUGUUGCGAAACUGGGUGGCCUGGAGUCUUUUAGUAGAGGGCUUGCCACAAGAUGGUUUCUUCGUCCGGCGGCCGUGA